AUGAGGGCAGCUGCACGUCUCCUCGCCAGCGUCAAGCCUGGCCAGUUCCUUGAGGCCGGCACUCCCACGGGUCUCACAGGGCUCCUCACCCACCCGUCGCCGCGCUCCGCACUGCUCUACCACUACCACUCGACUCUCGACAAGCUCAAGAAGAUUCCCGAAUCAUCCGUAUACCGCCAAUCAACCGAAGCCCUGACGAAGCACCGUCUUGCCAUCAUCGAGCAGUCCAAGCCGGCGGGAUGGGACGAGUGGCAGCAAAAGAUCGCCAUGCAAGUUAGCGAUGACCCAACCAGAUACCAGGUCCUCGACACAUCAGCCGGACAAACCAUCGUAAUCCCAAACCAGGCUGAGGUUGACGAGCGGUCGAAAGCAGCCGAGUGGGACGGAGAGAAGAUCGAGACCUUCCCCGAGGGUAUUCGUUCGUCAAAAGAGCGACUGCCCCAUGCGAGGAAGAUGAAGGGCGACGUCAACUACACGCCUGAGCGGGUAAUGAACGACAUCAAGUUUGAUCCCGAGCCGCAGUACACUGCCGAAGCUAUCUCCGACCUUGAGAGCAGACUUGGCGCGGGCCUGAUUGAAGAAGUCAUUCAGGUUGCUGAGGGCGAGCACAAGCUCGUCGACGUCAUGACCGAGGCCAAGGUUUGGGAGCCACUCGAGGAGCCUGCGCCAGAAGGCCAAUGGUCUUACUUUGAGCGCAUGACACACACAAAGACACAGAAGCCAUAG